AUGGCUCGAUCCGGCAAAGAUAUGGUGUAUUUUGCAGAGAAGUACCCGAGGCUUUUCCGAGAUCCAAAUGACGUCGAGGAGAGGUGGUUUCGUAAGAUUUUGAAAAAAGUUUUCAUUGAAAACGAAAACGAGCUCAAAAGAAUCGACAGAGAACUGAAGCGAACGGGAGACUUGGACAAACGGACCGGUGUGUUCAAUAUGGUCAGUCCGGACACGUCCAAAAAGAUUUGGUCCUUCACGCGUCUCACACCGCUUGACAAAAUCAGCGCGGUCAUUAUCGGACAAGACCCGUAUAGUCCAAUGUAUGGCGGUAAGAGAAAUGAAUUUCAGUCAAACGGGUUGGCAUUUUCUACAGUAUGUUUGAGAAAACGUCUUCCCGACUAUAAUGUCUUGAAGAGAAUAUUCGACGCCAUAGUAGAACAGAUUAAAGACCCCGACCUGAACUUGUCCCGGUCGACGUUGGAGUACUGGGCGGAACAGGGUGUGCUUUUGUUCAACACUGCGCUUACUCGAGGAGCCGAAUCGCACAUUGAACUCUGGGAGAAAAUUACUAGGAAAAUUGUUUUAAGAGUUUGCAACUAUGUCCGCGCCCGGGAUGAACUGCACCGGUCCCUCGUCGUUAUUCUGUGGGGUAAAAAGGCCUUAAAUAACUUCGGCUUCGAUUUGGUAUAUAAUGUCCACAUAACCCUAACGUCCCGUCAUCCUUCGGUGGCGGCAGACAACUAUUACGGCGACCAGCCUUUUUCCAAAUCUAACCGACAUUUUGCAGAAACUAACGAGGAGUUAAUAGCAAUGGGCAAACCACCGAUAGACUGGUCGACGGUGCCCAAGGAAGAACGUGGUGGCCAAUCGGAUGACGAAUCGACCAGUCUUUCAACAGAAGAAGAAGAAACUAUUGAAGAUAUUCACGAAUCAGCCGAAGACGAAACCGAUGCCGAUCAAGAUUCAGAAAUGGAAUGUUCUGAUAAUACUCGGGGAGACGAUUCGCACACAGUAUCCAGGAAGAACAUUUCUAAGAAAAUUCACUUAAAAAUUAGAAAACAUGUGUCGAGUGACGAAUCGGACAGUCAGUACGAUUCGGACGAAAACAAAACCGAUGCCGAUCAAGAUUCAGAAAUAAAAUGUUCUGGUAACACUUCUAGUGGUGACGUAUCGUAUUAUUCCAGUGAAUAG